AUGUCUAGACUUCAGCUUAUCACUACCAGAUUUGAAAAUCUAAUGAUGAAAGAUGAUGAGAAUAUCCAUGACUUUCACAUGAGUAUUCUUGAAAUAGCUAAAUCUUCUAGUUCUUUGGGAGAAAGGAUGUCAGAAGAAAAACUGGUGAAAAAAACUCUAAGGUCUCUAUCUAAAUUUUUUGACAUGAAGGCCACAACUAUUGAGGAAGCCCGAGGCAUAAGCUUCAUGAGAGUAGAUGAGCUUAUUGGAUCUCUUCAAACUUUUGAGUUAGGUAUUAGUGAAAAAACUGAAAAGAAAACCAAGAGCAUAACAUUUGUAUCCAACACUGAAAAUGAACAAAACCAAUGUGAUUUGGAUAUUGAUGAAGGAAUGACCAAUGCUUUAGUGCUUUUAGGAAGACAAUUCAACAAGAGAAGAUCAAGAACUAAAGAGAGAUCAAAUCAAGGUAAAGGAAUCCAGUGUCAUGGGUGUGAAGGUUUUAGACACAUUAGAGAUGAAUAUCCUACCUAUCUCAAGAAACAAAAGAAAGGUUUAUCUUUUUCUUGGUCUGAUGAGGACAACUCGGAAAGUGAACCUGAGGAAGAAGCUGAUAAACAUGUUACUGCUCUAACUAGAAGAUGGGAAUCUGAGGAUGAACUAUCUUAUGAAGAACUAGCUGCUUCAUAUAGAGAGUUAUGCAUCAGAAGUGAAGAAGUUGAGAGCCUUGGAGGAAAAAGGUACGCCAAUGUUAUUGUUGAUGACUUUUCAAGGUUCACAUGGGUGAACUUCAUCAAAGAAAAAUCUGAUGUUUUUGAGGUGUUCAAAGAUUUAUGUAAAAGGAUUCAAAGAGAGAAGGAAAGGGAAAUCAUCAGGAUUCGAAGUGACCAUGGGAAAGAAUUUGAAAAUAGCAUAUUUGUUGAUUUCUGCUCCUCUGAAGGCAUUGGGAAUGAGUUCUCCUCUCCUAUCACCCCACAUCAAAACAGGGUUGUGGAACGCAAGAACAGAACUCUCCAAUAG